GACAGUACAGCCCUCGCAGUUGCCGUGCGCGGAUCGCGGAGUAACCAUCUCGCGGAUCGUAGUAGCGGUACACACGCACGAGUCGUGACGCAGUCGCUAAACGACUGCAACCUCCCGUGUAAAGUUCGAAACAAGUGCAGUGGCACGAGCAUCGCGCGCACGCUCGGGGGAAACAGGUGUAUAUCAAAAGCGCCGUUCGAAUGCAGGCCUCUGCGCUAUACGCUCGGUUCUGCACGUGUGUGUAUAUAUGUAUUUAUAUUAUAAAAUACACAUAGAAUAUACACGAUCUCGCGUGUACAUCUGUGCAAGUUAUAGGAACACGAGAUAAGGACGCGUAUAUUGUUGAAAGAGCGAUUGAACGAUCGCAGUGUGUGUAUUUUCUCCGCGAAGGAAUAAGAGAUUCUGCGAAAGGCAGCUGCACUGCACACGAUUAUUUACGUGUGCGUUUAUGCGUGUGUCGAAAACUGACGGAUGAGAUGAAAUUACGAGAUUGAGUGCAGUGAAGUGUCAGUGAGGGAUGCUACUCGAAAAUUGUCAAAGAUGGAAGUAUAGGCGAGUGCGGCGCGGAAACAUGCAUCUUGAAACUCGUUGAGAUUUUCCUCCAGAUGUUGGAAGCAGCAGGCUCUACACCACACGUGUCGUCGUCGAUAGGGGUGUCGUUGUUGCACAGACUUCAGAAGCAGCAGCUCACGCGGAAACAGCAGCAGCGAGCAGCUCGUCGUCUCAGCCAUGUCAAUGAAGAAAGAAUCGCCGUGGGACGUCGAACUGCAUUUAGCAGCGGCCAAAGGUCAUGCAAAACGAUUACAAAUGCUUCUAGACUCGGGGCGAGUUCACGUUGAUUGUAAAGAUAAGGACGGCACAACGCCACUAAUUUUGGCUGCAGCGGGCGGCCACAUCGAUGCUGUUAUUGAAUUGCUGCAACAGGGAGCUGAUCCCAAUUCCAAAAGAUUGACAGGUACGACGCCCUUAUUUUUCGCAGCUCAAGGAGGAUACGCUGAUAUUACAAUAAUUCUCUUAAAAAAUGGAGCAAAUGUUGAUUCUUGUAGCAUUGAUGGAGGAACCCCGCUGUUUGUCUCCUGUCAAUACGGCCACCUCGACGUUGUCGAAGAGCUUAUAGCCAACGGAGCAUGUGUCAAUGCCCACAUGAAGGAUGGUGCAACAGCCCUGUUUAUUGCAGCUCAAAACGGACAUGCAAAAAUAAUGGAACUAUUGAUAGCAUACGGUGCCAAAAUCGAAGCAGCGAGAACUGAUGGUGCUACACCACUUUGGAUAGCCGCACAAAUGGGUCACGAUCACGUGGUCAGAAGAUUAUUAAAAGCUGGUGCUUACGUGGAUUCAAAACGACACGAUGGUGCAACACCGCUAUUCAAAGCAGCCCAUAAAGGCCACACAGCAGUUGUAGGAGAAUUGCUGAAAUAUCGACCAAAUCUAGGAAUUCUUCCAAAUGGUGAAAGUGCAUUACAUGCAACAGCGUUAAUGGGACACAUGAGCGUCACAAGACAACUAGUAGGAGCUGGAGCUGAUCCCCUGCUAACCAAUCAAGAAGGUUUGACACCGCUUCAAUCAGCCAUACGACAUGGCCAACAUCAAGUCGCCUCGUACCUAAAGGAAAAUUACGGUCAAGGCAAACGAUAACAAUGACAGAAAUUUGCUAGUUUUUCGAUUUGAAUUUUUUAGAAAUGUUAUUUAAUUCUUGUUACCAGUGUUUAUUGUCAACGUCGAAUGUGAUAAAUUACUUAUGAAACGACGAAUGAUGUUACACUUUUGGUUACAUAAUGAAUUGCAAAAAGUGUACUAGAAGUUGAACGAUAUUCUUAAGAUGUUAUUUUUCUAUGAAUAAACUUUUAUGAAAUUUAAAACUUUAAGGUAUAGACGAGCAAACUUGAUCAUUAUAAUGCCUUAACGUACAAAAGAAUAUCAGCAAUCCAAAAAUUAGGUAGUUUUUCUUAAUUUUAGAAUUUUUAGGUCAAAGAAAUAAACAUAGCGUGGAUUCUAUUCACCAAAGGUGGAAAAAAAUCAAAAUGUUGAUUACUUGUUAGUUAUCGGAUAAUAAAGGAUAUUCAUAAGUUUUCGUUAAAAAUUGUGUAAAUUUUAUAGAAAUAAAUAUGUUUUUUCAAGGAAA